CUUCUCUGGUAGUCACACAGUGGAAGUCAUCAGGAAAGGCCAGCUAACUUACCCCUUUCACGGGCUUCAGUACACUAACAUCCCACCAAAACAGUUCAUUUUAAACAGGGUGGAGAUCCGUAUUACUUACCACGAAACAUCAUGACGUUCUGCCAUGCAGAAAGAACCUGAGUUCUGAUUAUAGUGUGCCCAAGUGCCACGACCAAUGGCUGACCCACCGCCACCACCCCCGCCACCGCCACCACCACCUCCUCCACCACUGCCACCACCUCCUCCUCCUCAACCCCCUGCACUCAACUCUGGAGGGAAUCUGCUGUCCAGGGGCUCCAGAAGGAGCUCCAGGAUGCGAAACUUCUACUGGGAGGCCAUCCCCCAGGACACCGUGCUGGGCAAGCAUAACAUAUGGACUGCAGAGAAGAAGAAAGAGUAUGAACUGGACACCCAACGUAUGGAGGAACUGUUCAGCCGCAGCGACCUAACCGACAGCAAGGGUCCGGCAUCUGUGCGGCGGAGCAUAAAAGGAACCCAAAGCAAGGCCCAGAAGCUCCAAGGGCCAGAAGUGGUAUCCAUUCUGAAUGGCAAGAGGAACAUGAACGUCGGCAUUUUCCUCAAGCAGUUCAGGCGGUCAGUGAAAGAAGUUAUUGAGUUAAUCCGCCUUGGCAAGAAUGAAGCAUUUGGCUCAGGGAAACUGGAGGAGCUGUUAAAACUACUGCCUGAUUCUGGAGAGGUGAAACAGCUUCUUGCUUAUAAAGGAGACUAUGCAAUCCUCUCUGAGGCUGAUCAGUUCAUGGUGCAACUUGUUAAGGUUCCAUGCUAUGAGGAACGGCUGAAAAGUUUAGUUCUCAAAGAGGAAUUUCCCCAUUUUAUGGAUGAGGUGAAUCACUGCAUUGCCAUUAUGACUGCGGCUGGGAAAGAGCUUCUGGAUUGUCUUGAUCUUCAUUCCAUCAUCCGCCUUGUGUUAAAGACAGGAAACUACAUGAACGCUGAUGGCUAUGCUGGCAGUGCUGUGGGCUUCCGAAUGAUGUCUCUCUUGAAACUAGCCGACACGAAAGCCAACAGGCCAGGAAUGAACCUCAUGCACUAUGUUGUGAUGCAAGCUCAGAAGAGCGAUGCUGCUCUGCUGAAGUUUCCCGAACAACUCGCACACAUUGGAGAAGCAUCAAGAAUCCACAAACAAGACAUUGAAUCAGAAUUUCAAAGAAAAGUGAGUGAAGUCCAGGAGCUAAAAAAGAGCACUGAUAAACAACGUGACCUGGCGGAACAGAUGAACGACUUUUUUAAAUGUGCUGAGUCCAGAAUAGCUGAAACAAAAGCUUCCUUCCAGACGCUGAAUGCAGUCACUGAAUCCGUGGCUGAGUAUUUCUGUGAGGAGGCCAGUGACUUUAGACUGGACGAGUGCUGCUCCAUCUUCCACUCCUUCUGUGAAAGGUUUAAACGAGCCCUUCAGGAGAACAUGGAUCGUGAUUUGGCUGAGGCCAAGCGGAGACAGCGCGAGAAGCUUCAGUGUGCAGCCAAACGCCGCUCCACUGCCACCUGCUCCAUGCGGGAUAAAGACAUGGAGGGGGUUGCGCUGGAGUCGGUUCUUCAGAGGUUCCUCACAAACCGUGGGUCUCACAGGCAAAGCAGGACCCUCUCACCCACUGGAAUCAGGCUCUCCGAGAUCACAUCACAGGAAAACUGCCCUGCCAAAAACUCCAAAAAACCCAACUGGACCUUAAAUCUAUCCCAGGCUUCUGUGGAUAAGGAGAAUGUCGAAGAUAAAGCAUCCAAAAAGUCAGAGAGCAAAAUUUCUAGUCCUAUGUGGAAAAAGCCUGCUAGCAGCACCCCUGCAGGCAAUCGUGCAUUGAUGACGUUGGCAGCAAGUGAGGAUGAAGACGGCCAAACUGAGGAAGAGGCGCAGAAACUGAGGGAAACGUCCCAGAAAGUGCUGCGCUACCAGUCUAGUCGAAGCAGUGUUUCUUCAGGAGAAUAUUGUUCACCUGCCUCUUCUCCUCGCAGACGGGUGUUUCAGGAGGACAAGGAGAAAACGCUGGCCAAUUCGAAUGUGGAGGAUGUCCCCAAACCUCCUGCAAGCCCACUAGUUUUGACCCAGAAUAGAUUAGGCAGCAUCAGCCGCCGACACUCUAUUUCCCUACCAACGAGAGCUCCACAAGGCAGUGACAGUGAAGAGGACAUGUUUAUCCCCAGCUCAGAAGUGAAUGGAUCUCCUAGAGGACAGAUUGUUUCUCUGGGAAACAUUGGAAAGAUGAGAUCUGUGGAUGGCUGCCUGCUUUCCACAAAGGCAAGACUCGGAUCAGAAACCACUGGAAAUGUAUCCAAUAAUAUGUCCACUAACAUGCCGGCUGAUGCUCCAAAGGAGAGCUCAAAAGAUGUGAUCUCACCAGCAGAGUUGAUCAAGGUGGAAGCAAAAGAACAGACUGACGAAAGUUCAAGCAAGAGUAAAGUUUCCCAAAGACAAACCAAAGAGAGCUCCAGAUUCAUAUCCUUCUUUAGGCGCUUGGGUGAAAAGGGCAAAACAAACAACAGAGAAGCCGAAUCCAGCAGUGUUGAUCCAUAAAAUCUCCUUUUGAGAACACUACAAUACUUUUUCUGCAAGACUGUUUCUCUAACAUGAGGUGGGACAUGGAUGUCAUUAGGUAAAUCUCUGUGUAGACCGAAGGUGCAGCAUUUUUAAAUCUAAUUUUCAAAGAGUGUACAAAAUAUACUACUACACAUGCAGAAGAGGUGGCAGCUACUGGCAGCAUUUAAGUUAUUAUAAUGACCUUGACGUGUCACUGAGCUGCAAUUUAACAUAUGUUCCACUGGGAUGCACUGUUUGACAGAGGUGCCUACAGCAUCUUUUCAGAAGACCACCAGCUUAGGGUUAAACAAAUUUUCUUGCAUUUUAUUUUUUUCACCAAGGUUCACUUUUGCAUGGGACCAAAAACCAGUCACAAUUCCUUUUUUACCUGACUGUUUCCAACCUAUUUAUCCCUUUCAUUUUUUAAAAAGGCUGUUUUUGUUACUGUACUUUUAAGAUUUACAUAUGAAAAUUACCUCUGUUCAAAUUGGCUGCCAUGUUUUGUGCCUCAUUCUAGAAGCAAUCCAGGUUGGUACUCCCCUUGUGAAUGGGCUGGGCUAGUCUGCUGUAGGCUGAUGUGGCUGAUAUACACCGAUCAGGCAUAACAUUAUGACCACCACCUUGUUUCUACGCUCAUUGUCUAUUUUAUCAGUUCCACUUA